UAUUCGGUUAGUAUAUCCUAUUGGGUGUGUUGUAUACUUUGUUGUCUCGCAAAUAUUUUGAUAAAAUAUCCCCUAAAAUAAGUUAAAAUGGCUACGCCGCCACGGGAAACUAUUCAGAAGCAAAUUCAGCAAGACUGGGCCAACAGAGAAUACAUUGAAGUCAUUACGGGGAGCAUAAAAAAGAUAACAGACUUCCUCAAUUCCUUCGAUAUGUCUUGUAGAUCACGCCUAGCUACGUUAAAUGAGAAAUUGACAUCUUUGGAGAGAAAAAUUGAUUACUUGGAGGCCUGCGUCACAAAAGGGGAAACAUUAACAUAAUAGUAAUUUAGGUUUAAUACUAGUGUAAUAUGUAACCUAACUCAUAACUAUGUCACAGUGUAACCCUACAGUAUAAGAUAUACAUACAGCCAGCAGUAGAAGUUACUAAGUGGGCGAGCUGUUCAAAAUUACCUUGACACUCUUAUUCUCUUAACAAUAUAGUUAUGUCAAGAUCAUUUUUAACACCUGGCCCGCUUGGCAACUUCUGCUGCUAUGUGUAGAAAUAAUUAUAUUUUAAAAAUAAAAAUACCUUUGUUUGUUAACAAUAGGUGUAAUACUGAUCUGUGAAGCUGAUUGAUACGUAAUUUGAUAUAUGUAAGUGCAUAACUUAUGUAAUAUAAAAAUAGAAAAAAAAAACAAUGAUAAGUUAAAAUUUAUGGUAUCAAAUAUUUACCAGGCCCCAAUUUCACAUCGGUGACAGGUGCGA